AUGGAAAACUUUUCAGAUGAAAUGCAAGUUCUCGCGGAAGGCAAUAGCGAGGACAGCUCUGCAGUCAGUGUGAGAGUCCUGUUUGGCUGUAUUCUGUUCCUUCUCAUUGUUUCAACCCUGCUUGGAAAUAUGCUGGUGUGCGCUGCUGUGGUCAAAUUCAGGCAUCUGAGAUCCAAAGUGACUAACUUUUUCGUGAUCUCCCUGGCGGUGUCCGACCUCUUCGUGGCUGUGCUUGUUAUGCCGUGGAAAGCAGUCUCCGAGGUGGCCGGGUACUGGCUCUUUGGUGGCUUUUGUGACACCUGGAUAGCCUUCGAUAUCAUGUGCUCCACAGCAUCUAUUUUAAACCUGUGUAUAAUUAGCGUGGACAGAUACUGGGCAAUAUCAAGCCCAUUUAGAUACGAGCGUAAAAUGACCCAGCGGGCUGCUUUUAUUAUGAUAGGAGUUGCGUGGACCCUCUCGAUCCUCAUAUCAUUCAUACCUGUUCAGCUGAACUGGCAUAUUAAGGCCGAAGAGGAGAAUGCGCCGGCAAACUCGAGCAAUCACACUGUAGGCUGCAACGCCAGUCUUAAUAAGACCUACGCCAUCUCUUCGUCACUCAUAAGUUUUUACAUCCCUGUGGUCAUCAUGAUCGGCACCUACACGAGGAUAUACCGGAUCGCCCAGAAGCAGAUUAGAAGAAUAUCUUCCCUGGAAAGAGCCGUGGAACAAGUGCAAAAUAACCAGCAGCACAGCGACUGCAACGGCAACGAAAACUACCUGAAGACAAGUUUUAGAAAAGAAACCAAAGUUCUGAAGACUCUUUCUGUGAUAAUGGGGGUGUUCGUGUUCUGCUGGCUGCCUUUCUUCGUUUUGAACUGCUUGGUGCCCUUCUGCGAUGUAAACGCAUUCGGCGACUCUCUGUGCGUGAGCGACACCACGUUCAGCAUCUUCGCGUGGUUCGGCUGGGCUAACUCGUCCCUGAACCCUGUCAUUUACGCGUUCAACGCGGAUUUCAGACGAGCCUUUUCCACCAUCCUGGGCUGCGGCCGGCUGUGCGCCAGUAACGCGGUGGAAGCUGUCAAUCUAAGCAACGACAUGGUUUCGUACCACCACGACACAACCCUGCAGAAGGACCCCGGCGUCGCCUUCAGCGCUCAGCUCCCCCACGCAGUCGAGUCCCACUCAAGAGAGGACACCGAUCCACCGUUCGACAAAGUCUCUGUCGCAUCUCGACGCCACAAGGAGCUGAUGCUGCUGCCCACCACGGUCCAGUUCGAGUACGACGCGGAGAUUUUCCUGGACACCAGCACACCGUACACUUCCAUCGGGCCGAACGUCGAGUCCGGGGCUUUUAUUCACCAAGUGAAGGACCCCUGA